UUUUAAAACGGAAUCAUAAACUUCCAAACGGAAUCAUAAGUUUCCAAACGGAAUCAUAAGUUUCCAGCGGGUUUUUAAAUCAUAAGCUUCCAAACGGAAUCAUAAACUUCCAACGGGAUUUUAAAUAAUAUAUUUUAGAAGCGUUUGGAAGCGAAAUUCCGUAAACUUUCACAAAAUUUCGAUUCCGAUUCUGGUUCCGAAGCUGGAAACGAACGUCUAAUGAAACUUCUAUGCAACCUACGAUUAAUAUCAUGUCAUAUUUUUCAAAAGUCAUAUUAUAUCUUUUUGUCUGCCGUAAUAACACAUAUAAAUCAUUUCACAAAUAUUUUUUAGGGGAUUCUUUGAACGAAAUUACCCAAUGUAUGGGAAUUUUCAGAAGAAAAUUAGCAAUGCUGAUUUUGUGGGGGAGAUGGUGCUAAUGAAUUGUAUUGUAUCAGGAUUAAGCUAAAAUUUAUGAUAUUUUCAAGAAUAUCAAAAAGUCAUUUUUCCAGGAUUAGUACCAUAUGUAAUGGAGUACGAUAAAAAAAACCAUAAAUUAAAGAAAGACAAGAGAAUCAUACUAUAUCUAAAGCUAUAUUAUUUAUUUUUCUACUUUUUUUUGGUAAAAAGCGAUACUAUUAUUUUUUUUUGUAAACUAAAAGGGUUAAAUCCGGGUCUAUUAAAGACACAGACCUAACCCCCGGGUGGAGGUACAGCCCACGGAUAGACCCUCUCCUGGACAUUCAAAUGAGCCGAAAGCAAUAGCCCAUAUCCGUUUGGCCAGCGGAGUUCGAAUCAGGGUUCGCCGUAUUGGGUUUAAUCCCUCAAGCACCACUGGACUACCACCACUGGUUAAGCGAUACUAUUAUUAUUACCUAGUAAAUCAUUUUUACCAAGAUGCAUCAUCCAGCUAUUUGUAUAAUAAUUUGUGUUCUAUAUUUUUGAAUGAUUUCAAUGUUGUGUAACUUAUAUAAUCUUAUUUUUGAAUGAUGUCGUCAUCUGUUGUGUUAUAUUUUCGGUGAUCGUUUGAUAAAAAAAUAAAACUUAUCAGCUUUUCCAGUGAAAAAAAAUGUACAUAAUCGUUGGAUAAAAACUUUAUAACCGUCACUAACUGCCGAAAUGUUUAAAUAAAACCUCUCUCCAUAGAUCAUUCCACACUACGGAAAGAACUGUUAAUUUACAAAAAGAAAAAGAAACAAAAUAACAGAGAUUCACACGAAAAUGGAGAAAACAGAGGAAAGCGUUGGGAUCAGAGUUUACACGACGGCGACUCCGCCGCAAAAACCAUCACCACCACCGUCUGAGUCACAAAAACCCGUCUCAAUCUCUUCACUUCCUACACUCCCGGUAGGAGCCGCCGCAGGAGGAGGAAGAGGUCGAAAACGUCGCAUGGUGGCGCAAGGAGUCCAAAAAACGGUAUCAAAGACAUCAAUGCUCGUAAACUUUCUUCCAACAGGAACGCUCUUGAUGUUCGAAAUGGUUCUUCCUUCAAUCUACCGCGACGGAGACUGUAACGGAAUCAAAACGCUCAUGAUCCAUCUCCUCUUGCUUCUUUGCGCAAUGUCUUGUUUCUUCUUCCAUUUCACCGAUAGUUUCAAAGCAUCCGAUGGGAACAUCUAUUACGGUUUCGUGACGCCGCGUGGACUCGCGGUUUUCAUGAAACCGCCGCCGCCGGAGUUCGGAGGCGGUGAUGUGAUUGCGGAGGCAGAGAUUCCGGUGAGUGAUGAUAGGUAUAAGUUGAGGGUUAACGACUUUGUUCAUGCGGUGAUGAGCGUUUUGGUGUUUAUGGCGAUUGCGUUUUCGGAUAGAAGAGUCACGGGUUGCUUGUUUCCAGGGAAAGAGAAAGAGAUGGAUCAAGUUAUGGAGAGUUUUCCAUUGAUGGUUGGAAUCGUUUGUAGUGCUUUGUUUCUCGUUUUCCCGACCACUCGCUACGGUGUUGGAUGCAUGUCCGCUUGAAUUUCCCUUUGGAGUAAUUUGUAUUUAUUUUCUUUAUAUCCAUAUCUAGAGUUAGAUAAUUUGAACCUAACUCUAUUUUUCUACUGUUUAUCUAUUGUCAUGUGAAAUAAAGUUCUUUCACAGUCCC